UCAUAAACCAGUGUCAGAAAGUGUCCAGUUACAAACAAAAUGAGUGUCCCUGCAAUGCUACUGCACCCUCGUCAGCAUCUAGUAAACAGCCUCCGGGUGCCUUCCCCAUGGCUUCACUGCAUCCAGACCUCAGGGCAGCAGUCUGCAUCCCGAAUCCCGAGUGCUCCACUGUGGAUCCCCUCUGGACACCAUUGUACUAAGUGGAUGCUACUGCCUGGUGGCCCGAGGAGAGCAUUAUGUAUCCAGGCAACCUUGAAGGACCAUACAGAAGGACUUUCUGAUAAAGAACAAAGAUUUGUGGAUAAACUUUAUAUGGGUUUAGUCAGCGGGCAAAGAGCUUGCUUAGCGGAGGCCAUAACUCUGGUGGAAUCCACUCAUUCUCGGAAGAAAGAGCUGGCUCAGGUACUUCUUCAGAGAGUCCUAGCACACCACCGAGAGCAGGAGCGGCUCAACCAAGGAAAGCCCCUCACGUUUCGAGUAGGAUUGUCCGGGCCUCCUGGUGCAGGAAAGUCAACCUUUAUAGAAUAUUUUGGGAAAAUGCUGACUGAGAGAGGGCACAGAUUAUCUGUGCUAGCCGUGGACCCAUCUUCUUGCACCAGUGGUGGAUCCCUCUUAGGUGAUAAAACCCGGAUGAUUGAGCUAUCAAGAGAUAUGAAUGCAUACAUCAGGCCAUCUCCUACCAGUGGGACUUUAGGAGGUGUAACAAGGACCACAAAUGAAGCUAUUCUGUUGUGUGAAGGAGGGGGAUAUGACAUCAUUCUUAUUGAAACUGUAGGUGUGGGGCAGUCGGAGUUCGCUGUUGCUGAUAUGGUUGAUAUGUUUGUUUUAUUGCUGCCACCGGCAGGAGGGGAUGAACUGCAGGGUAUCAAAAGGGGUAUAAUUGAGAUGGCAGAUCUGGUUGUUAUAACUAAAUCUGAUGGAGACCUGGUUGUCCCAGCCCGCAGGAUCCAAGCAGAGUACGUGAGCGCACUGAAGCUACUCCGCAGCCGCUCAGGGGUCUGGAGACCAAAGGUAAUUCGCAUUUCUGCCAGAAGUGGAGAGGGUGUCAGUGAAAUGUGGGACACUAUGAGAGAGUUUCAGCAUGUGAUGCUGGCCAGCGGGGAGUUGACCACCAAGAGACAGAAGCAGCAGAAAGUCUGGAUGUGGAACCUCAUUCAGGAAAACAUCUUAGAACAUUUCAAGACCCAUCCAACCAUCCAAGAACAGAUUCCUCUGAUGGAGAGGAAGGUGCUCAGCGGGGCCCUCUCCCCAGGACUAGCAGCAGACCUACUGUUGAAAGCUUUUAGAAGCAAACACUAAUAAACUUAUCCUGGAAAACCA